UGCUAUUAUCUUUCUAACUAUUUAGGAUAAUUUUGAGAAAAAAAAAUCAGAAAACUUUAGAUAUGAAUUUGAAACCAAACCCUAAACUUAGAAUACACAAAAAUCCUUCCUCACUGCCUUAUCCUAAACAACAAGUUUUCAUGACUAAAAAUAUAAAGCUGUUUGGGUUGUCACCUGAUAGUCAACAUUUUGAACAAAACCUCAGAACCUGUUUCUUGUAAGAAUCAACAUGAGCUCAGAAGAAGAUGUGUUUAGUCUCAUCAGCGUUCUUGGUCUCGCCGUUUUCAUCGGUCUCUGCAUCUUGCUCGUUGUUCUUAUUGCAACCUCAGCUCUCAUUCUUGUAAUCUACGCCAUCGUCGACUGCAUUCUCCGACCAUUCUUAGGAACAUGUCUCGACCUAGAUCUCGAAAUCGGAGUACAAAGAGGCCAACAACGUGCUAGAAUCGUGACUUACCAUGCAAUCAUCCCGACCGGUCUACGAUUACCAGAUUUCGAGAGAGAAGGAAAAAAGCGUGGGCUGAAACAAAGCGCGAUCGAAACCCUACUCCCGAAGUUGCUUGUUGGACAAGGCAACCAUGAGGACGACAAAGAGAGGUCACUAGAAUCAAGAGAAUGCGCGAUUUGUCUCAGUGGUUAUGUCAUAAAUGAAGAAUGCAGAGUAUUUCCGGUUUGCAGACAUAUCUAUCAUGCGCUUUGUAUUGACACUUGGCUAAAGAAUCAUCUCACAUGUCCUACUUGUCGUAAAGACUUACCAGAUUCAUGACAAAUCCCUAGCUUCGUUG